CUGAUGCCAUCGCCAACGAUUCGAGAUCUGUUUCUUUUGUUUUUGGGCUCUGUUAGGUUGGAUGAAUACUUGGGAUUUAACGCAUGGAAUACCGGCGUUGGUGGCUCCUUUUUUAUUUUAACUCGAGAUUAUAUUCGUCCCAGCAAGAUCAAGGCACGAAAAUGCUACAGCAAGCCCAGCGUCAUGUAUCGACUCGUCUCUCACCUCCGACUUGCGACGUUGGUCUUUUAUAUUGGGAUACUACUAUUAGCGGUCGCUAGAUCGACGGCAUCACUCACAUCUCGCUACCACAUCUGUACGCUUCAUAAGGUACUAGGUAUAUCGACUCUGCGCAGGGAUCCCCACAUUUUUCCACUCUACGUGAAUGUCCGUGUUGAUCUAUUCACAGCGGUGAUCGAUCUCACGAUACAGACUAUGGAAUUGAGUAAAUAUGCCAGUCUGCCGCCCGCCACCUUCGAACAAAUCGAUGAUUCGCGCAAUCCUGCGGCAGCCCUACCACCCGAUGAACACCCAUGGACAACCAUGAUCAUUAGAACUUGGGCAUCUGCCGCCACAAUAAUGACUCCAACGAUACCCCGCCUUUCCCUGGAUUGGACCCUUGAAGCGAAGAUAUCUUUGCGCGACAUACAUUUAAUCAACGGCCGUUGUAUCUAUGAUGUCAUUGCUGGUCUGAGGCAGUAG